GCCUACGCUUGUGAACAAUGUAAUAGAGUGUUUUUACAGAAAGGCAAUCUAAAAGUUCAUCAAAGACUACACACAGAUGAAAGACCGUUCCCUUGUGAUUUUGAAAAUUGUGAAAAGAAAUUUAGGAGUAAUGAAACUUUACGAAGGCAUAAACUGACUCACACAGGUGAGAAACCGUUUACGUGUGUUACGUGUAAUAAUAAAUUCUCAAGUAAAGUGAGUCUAACAGAACAUCAAGCUAUACAUGAUAAUACAAAGAACUAUAAAUGUGAAGAAUGUGGGAGAAGUUUUCGCCAGAUCAGCUGUUUUAAACGUCAUCAAGUCACUCAUACGUUAGCCACACCCUAUAUUUGUGAUGUUUGUGGGAAGAGUUUUAGUCAGAUGGCUUAUUUAAGAUCUCAUAUUAGAAUUCAUUCAGGUCAGUGUUUAAAGCCGUUUUCUUGUGACACCUGUAAGAAAGCCUUCGCCCACAAAUCUGAUCUAACACGCCACAAAAUAAUCCACACAGGUAGAUUGAAGCCGUAUAGAUGUACUCAUUGUAAUCUUAGGUUUAGUGAUAGAUCAAGUUGUAAACGACACAUACGUGAACAUAGCCAGGCUAGACCUUAUGUUUGUUAUAAGUGUGGAGAGGGCUUUAAACGGACUGGACAGUUAAAAGUUCAU